UCCCUCUCUACCUCUCUCACACACACACAGUGUGUUUGCUGGGAAGGGGCUUGUCCAAGGGCAAACUGGGAAUUACGUUGUCUACCUGUCUGUGAAGGAAUUAUUUUCCCCUCUGGAGUUUCCAUUAUAGAGAUCUUGAAGCGACAUCUUAAAAGCGACCAUUUCUCACCAAACUGUUACCCAUCACCAAACACCGGAGCCGUCCCCACCAGUUCAUCUGCUAAAGGCUUUCACCCCCACUGGCCAGCCACAUCAACGCCGAACAUCGCAGAAGAAAUCAUGAGCAGUAACUACAACGUCACACUGUCAGGCCCCGCCCCCUGGGGCUUCAGGCUGCAGGGAGGAAAGGACUUCAACAUGCCGCUCGCCAUCUCCAGGCUGACGGACGGCGGGAAAGCUGCCAAAGGCGGCAUCGCCGUUGGGGAUCUGGUCCUGUCCAUUGACGGCAUCGCCACAGAGGGCAUGAACCACCUGGAGGCCCAGAAUAAGAUCAAGAACUGCUCCGGCAACCUCAGCCUCUCGCUGCAGAAGGCUCCCAGUGUCCCCAAACCACCUCCCGUGGCACCAAAGGGGGACAGAUCUGACAUCGUAAAGCCAGUAGCCAUCACCCACCCCCCUCCACCCCCCCAUCACCACCCUCACCCCUCCAGCCACUCCGCUGACCCGUACAACAAAGCCCCCAGACGCUACGGCGGCGGCGGCGGCGGCGGCUCUCCACAGUCCCCUCCCGCCACUUUCAUCCCCUCCCCAUCCUCUGCCUUCACGCCCGCCUCCUCCCACUCCAGCUCCCCUCCGUCUCCUCCCACACCACUCCCCCCUCUCUCUUCACCUCCCGUCUCUUACCCAUCCUCUGCGUCCUCCUCCCCCCCCGUGCUGGUCCCCCCCCAGCCAUCGGUGUAUAACACACCCAUCAACCUCUACUCCACUGAGAAUGCGUGUGAGGUGGCCAUGGGGCAGAGGCGGGGCCUGCUGGAGAGUCAGGGUGGAGCCCUGCCGCUGCAGUUUAAUGGAGUUCCAAGGAAGCACAUUGUGGAUACAGACAUUCAUUUUUAUCACGUUCCCACUCACGCUGAUGCCAGCAGAAAGCGCAUCAUGGAAGACACGGAGGACUGGCGCCCCCGCACCGGGACCACCCAGUCCAGAUCCUUCAGGAUUCUGGCUCAGAUCACUGGCACAGAGAACGCUCAAAAAGAGGACACUGAUGCAGCCAAGAAGACAAAUGAGGAGAGUGAAGAGCCUGAAGUCAACAGCCACGCAUCUGCCGUUGUCAAGACUAUGAUCAAAGCGCCUGCUGCAGCUCAUGGUUACGGCCCACAGUCUGGAUUGAUCACUCCAUCUUUUGGUGUGAAGGGUAACGGGAGCGCCGGUGUCCUGCGAGGUCCCGUCCCGGCCCGACCUGCCCCUCAGCCGCAUCCAAAGGACGAGGACACCAUCGUACAAAUGGCGGAACAUUUCCCCGCCGGGACCCGGACGCCCAUGUGCGCCCACUGCAACAUGGUCAUCAGAGGGCCGUUCCUGGUGGCAAUGGGGAAGUCAUGGCAUAAGGAUGAAUUUAACUGUGCCCACUGCCGAACAUCCUUGGCGGACAUCGGCUUCGUGGAGGAGCGUGGAUGUGUCUACUGCGAACACUGUUAUGAAGACUUCUUUGCUCCAACAUGCAGCCGUUGCCAGAACAAGAUACUGGGGGAGGUGAUAAACGCCCUCAAACAGACGUGGCAUGUCUACUGCUUCCUGUGUGCUUACUGUCAGCAGCCAAUCAGAAAUAACACUUUCCACCUGGAAGACGGAGAACCAUACUGUGAGCAAGACUUUUACAGUUUGUUCGGGACUGGCUGCCACGGCUGUGAGUUCCCCAUCGAGGCUGGAGACAAGUUUCUGGAAGCCCUUGGUUACACCUGGCAUGACACCUGCUUCAUUUGUGCUGUGUGCUGUACAACACUUGAAGGCCAGAGGUUCUUCUCUAAGAAGGACAAACCUCUCUGCAAGAAACAUGCUCACACAUUUAAGAUAUGAAGGGUCGACAGCGCUGACGCCUCUGUUGCCCACUUUGUUUCCUCCGGUGUGUUGGGAAGGCCUUUCAUUGAAACCAUAGUGUGACCAUCCCGACCAGCAGUUUUAAUUUCUGCAGGCUGGUGGUUCCUUUAACCAGCAUAAGCAAUAAGAAUGGCAGGUAAGGGGGACUGGUUGUCAGUCAAAGAAAUAUGUUGAUUUCACCUGCUUGUAUUUUAUUAUCGAUGUGCUCUCGCAACUGAAAGUAAAACUCCUACAGUCUAAUAACGGUGCGUUUUCUACUAAUUUUAGGUAUUGCAUUGAACUACUAUAAAGCACAUGAUCUGUUUCAUCUUAUUUAAUCACACACUAUUAGAAAUGUACCAGAAAUGUGUCGAAAUGCAAUUAUAUAUUUGAAUACUCUAUCAAUUCAGUUCAGGACAAGGAUGUUAUCAGUUAUGUUGUUAACAGUCAUUUGUGUUUCAGAGAAUUUGGUGUGUUAAAUUGUGAAGAAAAUGAAGAGUUCAAUGUAAUUUUAAAGCAUUACCAAGUCAGCCAUUUUUUGUAUGUUUUUUUUUCGUUCUUUGCUGUCAAAUUUCACAAAAUCAUUUUACAAAGAACAACUAUUACAUUAGCAAUGCAUUAACAUUUUGGCUGAAUGAUGGCAGGGCUGUGUGCCCACAAUGAUGCUUAAAGCAGCUUCCUUAUUUCCUUCAGUUUUUGAAACUGUCUAUUGUAAGGGAGUUUUAUGUUCUUUUAGUAUAAUUUUGUUUGUAAUGUCAAUGACUUCAUUAAAAACAUUGGAAACGCAAAUCUAUAUUUCGAAUCAUGAUUUAUAGAUAAAGCACUUGAGAUAGAAUCUUCAGAAGAUAAUAUAAUGCCUGAUGAAUGUGUCUAUUUGUGUAUUUCUGCCUGCUGUGUGGUCAUGCCCUCAGCAGAGACAGGAACAUAUAUUAUACACUCGUUGCCAUCCAGUCUCAUCAAUCCUAUUUCUAUUUUUAUUUAUUUUACCUCAAGCAUGAUUUAAAAGAAAUGCAUUUGCAAUAAGAUCCACUCGGUUUGCUUUUAAUAAAUAACUAGCUCCUUUUGACUUGAUGUAAAAUGAGCUGUGUAUUUAAUUUUGUGUAGAAAGGGAGAAAUAUGUGAUCUGAAAAUGUAACUCUUUAGAUUCAUAUAGUUUCUAGAGGCGAAGUGAAGCUAUUGGAUGUUUUUUUGUUUUAUCUUGUUUUUCUACUGCAAAUUUGAUGGUGUUUUACUUUUCAAUGGAUGAGAAAUAAGGCGACAUGAUGUGGAGAUGGAAACAAAAGAAUGUUUCAUCUUUGAAUUUAUCAUUAAAAUGAUUGAUGUUAUUUAAUAAAUUCCAUAUUCU